CUCACACACACACCUACACAGAAGGUCUCUCCCUCACACAUGCACACACACGUUUAGAAAAACACACACACCCCACCCUGCCGCCAGCUGUUUCUGGUUAGGCAGUCGGGCCUACAGUAAAGAGGAGGAGCAGGCAGGCCGUGGUCAUGGAGCAGCAGCUGGAGCUCGCUGCCCUCGGUCUGGCCCUCACCGGGUGGCUUUGUGCCAUUCUGACUCGCUGCCUGGCUCUGUGGACGGUGAGCGGCACCGUGGACAACACCACCGCUACUCUGCCAGCCUACUGGGAUGGGGUGUGGUUGCAAUGGGAUCACUGGGACUUGGCCCAAGAUGGCAGCCUGCACUGCUCCUUCUACCAGUCUCUCAUGUCUCUGUCUGGAAGUUUUCGGACGUGGAGAGCCCUCAUCAUGGCGGCCAUUGGAGCCGGGGCUUUUGCUGUGGUGAUUGGAGCGGCGGGGUUAGUGUGGUUCCCCAAGCGUGGCCAGAUCAAAGUGUUUUCUGGUGCUCUCUUUGUUUUGUCUGGAAUCCUGCUGCUGGUUCCCACAGCCUGGACGUGCCAUCACACCAGUCAGCCACUGGAGGGUGCUACACUGCUGAGGAGAGACUGGGGACCCGCACUAUACCUCGGAUGGAUCUCCUUUGCUAUGAUGGUGAUCGGAGGGGUGUUUCUCACCACCAGGUGCCCCACCACUGAGGGGCAGGUGCAGCCACCUGAGCAGAGCAGGUAUCCAAACCUGGAGGAGGAGGCUAACCACCCACUGAGCCGGAUCAACAGGGCUGCGUUCACAAGCAGCCAGUAUGAACGCAGAUCAGAGCCCAUCUGAGGGAACUGUGGUGUAAUAUUUAACUGAGUGAUUAAACUGGAAAAUCAACAUGUGAAUAGGCUGUGGACAGAUUUAACAGCAGAGGAAGAACUCUAGCUGCACAUGUUGAGUAACGAUGCACUGUAGUAGAAGCACAGCCAUGUGUCAUGUCUUAGUUUUAUUAGCUGGGAUGUGGGUAGGACUUUGAGUUUGCAUCUUGUUUUGCAUCCAUUUCUAUUAAAGUUAACACACAGUUUACACAGUUUAGUAUCAUUUUACAUGCAGUCCUCAUUUCUACAUUUAAAUACCACUGUAAAAUUGUAGUUGUGUCUGUCUGCUCGACUCGAGGCAAUUAUUGGUACUAGCAUUAUGACAUCACAGCCCUCUGAUACUUUUAAUUCAUUGUAAUGCCUUAAACAUGAAAGUGUUAACACUGAUGUUAAAACUUAACCCUGUACUGCACAGGUACAUUGCCCUACAUUAGAGUAAUGCCUUUUCAUAUUUGUUUUUUUGACAGAGGCAAAAAUGUUUACAUGUGAGAUGAACUCUUCUGCACAAAAGGACACUGUGGAAUAAAUUUCAUUACAAAUGAAA